GACAUCGGUGAGCGUUUCUGAGCCGCGUGCGCAAACUCACGUGAUUUAAAACCCAUUGCUGACGGAUUAUUAUGCAUAAAUUGUGUUUUGACUGUGAUGGUGAAAUGGAGACGUGUUGUCAGUUCAUUGGAAUAUACCUGACAUUACAUUAUUGAUAUUUAAACAACUCUUACAUUAGCGUACAAAGUGUGAAUUUAUUCCAACUUUUUAAAGUUUCCGUUCUUUCAUCAAGUAUUUGUCUUGUAUUCUGAAACAUGGCUUUAAAUGCCAAUGCUGUUAGCCUUCCAGUCGAAGACCUGUCCUUUCCUGAAAUCAUUGAGCUGAACGUGGGGGGUCAGGUGUAUAUCACGCGCGUCUCGACUCUGACCAGCGUGCCGGACUCGCUCCUGUGGGAGAUGUUCAGUCAGAAGAGCACCAGCAGCCUGGCGCGAGACACCAAAGGUCGCUUCUUCGUGGACCGAGACGGAUUCCUGUUCCGUUAUAUUCUGGACUACAUGCGAGACGGUCAGCUGGUGCUCCCGGAGCACUUCCCCGAGCGAGGCCGUCUGCAGCGAGAGGCCGAGUUCUUCAACCUCCCCGAGCUGGUGAAGCUGCUGGCCCCCAAGCUCACGAAGCAGAGCUCUCUGGGGGACGAGGGCUGUCAGAGCGACCCCGAGGAUCCCUCGACCGGGGCCGACGUCGCCCGCAGCCUCGGGGCCGCUCCCUGCUCCAGCGACGGAAAGUGCUCCGGCUUCAUCACCAUCGGCUACCGGGGCUCCUACACGCUCGGCCGAGACAGCCAAACAGACGCCAAGUUCAGACGCGUGGCUCGGAUCAUGGUGUGUGGGAAGACCUCUCUCGCUAAGGAGGUUUUCGGGGAAACGCUGAACGAGAGUCGUGACCCCGAUCGCCCUCCAGAGCGCUACACGGCGCGCUAUUACCUAAAGUUUACUUUCCUGGAGCAGGCUUUCGACCGGUUGGCGGAUGCUGGCUUCCACAUGGUGGCCUGUAACUCCACAGGGACCUGCGCCUUCGCUCACGAGCAGACUGAUGACAAAAUCUGGGCAAACUACACCGAAUACGUAUUCUACCGUGAGUGAUCUUAACCCCUGCCUCCCGAGCCAGAGAUCAUGUAGAAGCUUCUAGAUCACGUCUUUCCCUCAUCAGAGCCCUUCAUGCCUCACUCCAGUGACCUUCCCUCCCUUCAGACGAGCCCUGAUCUUCCCCUUCUCUCAGCUCCUGAGUGAUUGUGGAUGUGUGUUGUCCAGCUAAAAGCUGGAGACGAACUGCUAAACUAGGCUUGAGCCAUUCGAAAGGGCUUCUCUUGUGUCACUCAGAUUGGACAUAUUAGGAAGAUUUUGAGCUGGGGUGCGUUUCCCAAAAAGCAUAGUUGCUAACCUGUUAGCAACUUAGUUGGUUGGCAAUGGGAAAUUGUAUUGCAACCAACAAAGUUGCUAACUUAGUUAGCAACUAUGCUUUUGGGAAAUGCACCCCUGGUCAUGUUUAUGGUGUGCAACACUUUGAGGCUUUCAAAGGUUAUAAACUAUACAGAUCACCACACAACAGUCAUUUUGAGAGCAGAAGAUGAAAUAAUGCAGAGUAUUUCCAUUGGAAAAGCUGUUUUACAUUGAAUCCUUAGCAUUAGAUGUCUAAUGAAUAGUGUCAAGGCAGGAUUUGGAUUUAUUAGCCACAGAACGGUGUAAGACUUGAAAGUAUGCAGUGUUUUAUUAUUAUUAUUAAGCGUUCAGUGUUUUUCACACGUGUGUGUGAGAAUACACAAGUUUUAUUUGCACGGUCACAUGCAUCUCGUUGUCUAUUAUGAAUCAGAUAUUUCAGUUGCUUACCAUUAGUGUAGAUUGU